AACGAGCAAACCAUGGUUUUCUAUUCAGUCAUAUUAGUAGCAAUAACAGCCUGUAUUUUGGGUAAAGCUACCCAUGGAGAGACACUGUCCAAACUGAAAGCGCUGCAGUCCUUGGUCUUCAACAAUGCCCAGGCGACCGUCACUUUGGACUCUACAGCCCUUAAGCAACUGGUGAAACUGGCUUCAAACGGGAAAUCGCAACCUCAAACAAAAGGUGUAAGCUUUUCAGUGUACGUAAAGGCUAAAGAUCUGGAACUAGGGGACGGACAAACGCUGAUAUACAACGGAGUGCUGACAAACGACGGAAACGGAUAUGACGACAGAACGGGAGUAUUCACGUGUCCCUUGGCGGGAACCUACAUAUUUGUUGUUGACUCUUUGUCUCGUAAACCUGCAUGGUUUCAAUUGUAUCACAACAAAACCGCUGUGGCGUCUCUCCAUAUAUCGGGUUACCAUCCAAGUAAUACUUACCUGCAAAUCAGUAGAACAGUUAUCCUAAGAUUAAGGAAAGGCGACCACGUGAAGGUCGUGAAUGUCAAUACGAAAUCAGGAACAGCCCAUCGCGACUCAUAUUCAGGAUUUUCAGGAGCUAGGCUUUACUGAUGAGUUCACAAUCAUUGUGAAUAAAAUAUGUCAUAAUGACUAUCCAAUGAAAGUAAAACUAAUUGACUGUAAAAUUGUGCAGUGAAUGUUUAUGAAAAUUUUACUGGACGUGCGAUAUUUAAAUAGUCCAUUGAUAGAUAAUUUAGUUUCAACUAUUUUUUUUGAAAACAACGACUUGAUUUUCCAUGGACAGAUGAACAUCUUUUGAAUGACUUCAUUUUACUGUAACACCACCAGCUUACAUCGGGUAUUUCUCUUUCUAUUUUAUUUAAUUUUAUUUUAUUAAUGAGAAAAAUACCAUGUACAUGUAUAGUGAAUAAACCUCUUAUAUACUA